UUUCCUGAAGACUGUCUCGUCUAACAGUGGGUUGACAUUCUUUCAACGUCGUUCAAGUAUCGCAAUGUCGUCCUGUGAGGUGGCAAGUGCCAAUUUGCAGACAGUUCGCUUGGAUGAAGUUCAUCAGAUCGAAAGGACCUUUGGGGUGCUCUAGGCCGCCGGCAUCCAUAAUUUCUGUAACUAAUAUUUGUCCAUUGAAAUCUAGUGUAUCUCUGUCCUGUUCAGUCUCGGCCAUGGCAACUUUCUUAUUUCCUCUGCAAAGUAUGUGACAAUUGAUUAGCAACCUGUGCGGUGCUGUGUUGUCUGCGGUACAUGCUUGGUGGCGUGUAGCUGAUGUGAGCGAUUCCCUCUCCUCCACUCAGUACAGGUGCACGCCUUUCAUUUAAGAACCGACAAGUUGUUCUGAACUAGACGCAACAAAAUGCAUCCUGUCGGCCUACUGGCUUGUGCGAGCUUCCUCCUCUGUGUCAUCCGCUCACCCGAGUUAGCGGCUGGUGCGUCAGCUGCAUCUAACGAGAUCCUCAACAGUGUCGAUGAUGCGUAUUCGAAUCCCCAUAUCGAACGACCAAGUGGUGGUUUAGGCAAGUGUGUGGAGAAAACUGUGAGCGUUGAGGAGAUGUGUCACGAAGUCGUGCAGCUGGAAGAACCAUACAGCUGCCCCAAAAGGGAAAAGCGGGUGGCUUGUCGACCGCAGAUCUUGCAAGUUCCUCGAGUGUGCCACAGAGUGGGCAUGCGUUGGAUUGAAAAGCCCUGUAAUUUGGUCGACUACGAGCUCAAAUGCAGUAAACGGCUUAUCGAACUGCCUGGAAAGUGUACGAAGGAAUGGACGAUUCAACAGCCGUACCCUUGUGCGUUGUCUUCCACCGUGGAAGAAUGCACGGUCCAAGACAUUCAAGUUUCAGAUCAAUGUACGAAAUCCGUGGUAAAACCAGUGUCAUUCAACUGCGUCAAGGAAACCUUUGAAACCUACUGCGAGGGCCAACUUGAAUUCAUAACACUGCCGCAGACGCCUUCGAGGACCCAGCCCAAAGACCACGAAUCCUGGAGGAAAAACAAGAUUCCUCACAAGGUGUUUCGCAAGAUGGCACAGCUAACCCAAGGCAAGAACGACGAUACGUCUCCCAAUGAUUCCUUCCCAUCCAUCGGCGGAGGUCCUAUGUGCCAUCGGAAAGCUCAACGGCACGUUCCGUAUGCGUGUUCUCGUCCCCGUAUGAGGCAAAAUUGCAAGGUGAUAAAGCAAAUGCGAAAGCGCCCAUGUAUCAAGGAAGAACAGUAUGUUAAAGAGUUCGACUGCUCAUACACUGAAACGAAACGGACUUGCUCAAGCACGGCAACACCCCUCUCAGGGGUGUCUCAAGCUGAACUUACCUCUACCCGAGCCCACGGGUCCAUGCUUGGAACCGACGUCGAUGAAAAUGCUGUCCGAGGUGGUACAUUACCAUCGGGUGGAGACUCCACGUCUCCGACAAACGACGACAUCGGUUCGUUGGCGUCGGCAGCGGAGGAAGAGCGGAACAGCCGACAGCGACACCUUCGAGCGCUUGCUGCACCAGCAGUACUCAGGGCGCACAGCGUCCCGAUUUGUGUCGAAAUGCCAGUGCGCGUUCAGAAAACGUGCACGGAUGUUUCCCUAAAAAAAGCAGAUGGAGAAUGUGAAACAGAAGUUGAGGAGAAAGUUUGCGAAACAGUCAAGGAUGCGGAACCCGACACGUGCUAUAUGGUUGAGGAGUUCGACGAGACCUAUGUGUGCCAGUCUGAACCAAUGCCGCGGCAGCUUGUGCCAUCAAACUGCAAAACCCGGUCGGUGAAGCGGAAAGAACUGUGCACGAAAACGCUGCCAUUCACCGAAGAGUUCCCUUGCCAGACGAAGGUGCCUGCGACCACAUGUUCUCCCGUUGAAAAGAUUGAUGCCACCACUUGCUACCGCGCCGCUAAAAAGACAAUGGAAUACUCCUGUGUGAAAUCAACAGAGGUAGAGGAAUGCGUGCCCAUCCCGACUUAUCUCUCUGGCAAGUGUUUUGAUCAAGAAGAAUACAAGGAAGCCUACGAAUGCUCAGAGACUCAAGUGCGACAGAAAUGUGAAGAACUGGAGAAAGAAGUUGCGUCCCGCUGUGAUAAGGUCGUAAAGCAGAAGCUAUCGUAUCCUUGCCAGAAGACUGCUCUCAAGAAGGUGUGUCCAGGACGAGAACCGGAAAUAUCAGCAACGAAUCUUAUUACUUCCCUUUCCACCAAAGAAAAUGACCGCUUGCACCCCUCCUUGCAUAAUCUCCUCAAGAACGAACCAGACCGGACUAAGUACCGCAUCAGUGACUCCACUACGUCCUCUGUCGACCCAGUCACUCAGCAUGCAGCCCUGGCAGCACUCUCCCUUGCUCACACGGUCGCUGGGGCACCCUCGUCAAGCCCGGAACGAUCCACUAGGCCCAAGUCAGCUGCGGGCUCUUCUCAGUUCGCGACAGAUCGGCCUGCUACUGACGGUUCACGUUAUAAUGCAGUUGGUACCCGAGCCCGGCGUCUACUGCCGGCCUUCAAACCUUGGGGCCUCAAAAGCAAAACGGAACCCGCUCCUUACUAUUCUUCAACUGUUCAGUUGCCAGUACCACCACCACCGCCUGGUGGAGUCUAUUUCGGUCCUCGAGCAUAUGGAAUAAACGAAUUUAACAGAAAGGCAGCAGUGGAUUCUACUGAUAUCCCAACUUAUGUUGGGGAGGACGGACGUGUGCCACCUCCUCAUGUCGUCGAUCUCAACGACGUUGGCAAUCAACACCGUUUGUACUACAUUACUAACCCUCGGCUGCUCCUCCCGCCAGUACCAUCCGCACCCUUGCCGCCGACAGCGUUCCACAGCCUCCUCCCCACUGAAGACCACACGGACCACGAUAUGUUUUUGGACGAACAUCCACGAAACGAGUUCGAGGCAAGCUCGGAAGUGCUUGCUGAAGGGUCGCCGGCUCCACUCGCACCUCUGGCUCCCGGUUCACCAGUACCAUCGCUGCUAACGGACGUAACUCCUCCGUUUUCCUCGAAGAGCGAAGCCCCCGCAUCCGGCAGUUCAUCAAACAUUGAGCGGGCGGCAAGCUUUGCACUUGAAGAACAUCAAGGUGACAAUCAUCAGUCAUAUUUGCAUGGCUAUACAGGAAAAAGCCGAUCGGGUGGAUACUCAUUUUCUCAACAGACGUCUCCUCACGUGCAAACAGCAAGCAACCCAGCAGCACCAGAGUUGCAUCUGGACAACGUCGUAGGAAAGAACCCUCAUCUUGUGGACAGAGCAAACAUUUCUGAUGGGUCCUCCUUGUCAGGAGAAAACCUCAGUGACUUGCAUAAAGAGUAUCUGGCGUCUGCAUAUGCAGCACACCACUGCAAUGGAAAUAGUUGCACCGGUCACAGGGACAAGGCGUUCCACCCGGCAUCCACAUCCGUUGCUAUCUCACCUUUCAUUGUCAGGGGUGCCCUGCCAUACACGGACGAAGUAACGGUUCUGCCUGUUCAUGACGCUGUGCACGGAUCUGUGGUGAGCGACCAUUCCGCCCACUUCGGGGGGAAGCCCAACUUUGAAGUUGCUCCCCACUUGCACCGCAUACAACAGUUGAUAACAGAAAUUCACUAUUUAAUGCAGAAUCAACGGACGCAAGGUGGCCAUCUCACGGAUCACCAACGUCAACGGCUGGAGGCAAUAAUCGGUGAGCUGGAAACAUUCGCAGGAACUUCCACUACAGCAGCAUUUCUCUUGCCCGAUGCCCCUGUCGGAAAGCACCUCUCACGAGGAGACACCGAAGACGGAACCAGAUCUCCUCAGUCUGACGACAGCUGGGAUUCAUUCGGACCACCAGGCAGUGGGACAGCAGCGCCGGUCUCGGAAGUCCAGCCUGAAAAGCUGCGAGAGUUGCUAAAGUCGCUGUUGUCAGAGUUGCGGACUGAGGAAGAAAGCUUGACUAGAGCCAUGAAUAUCACUGACAGAGGCAAUGAUCCACUUGAGGAAAUGGCCCAAGAGCUCGAACUAAUAAGAGAUGAUAUUGAAGUUGUUGAAGAUGGACUUUCGCGUCUUGAGAGAGGAGACCUUUCGAAAAAUGAGAUGCAAAGCUUAUGGCAGUUCCUCCUCGGGGACGACACAUCUCAGAUGGACGGACUCUCACCAGACGUAAACACAAAUAAGACCGGUGACAUACACGAGGCACAAGAUGCUGCAGAGCCCACGCCAUUCGAAUCGUCAAUUAUCAAGCCGAACCCCGAAUACAAGAGUCACGCUCUUGACCACACGAACGUCAACACAUCCGAGCAAAUAUUCGUGGAAGAUGAGGCAGGCUCUGCAGCUUUAGCAGCAGCUGCAGCUGCCCUUCACACGGCAAUGAGGAUCAGCGUUGUCAGUCCGAUAACUUCCUUUCAUCACGAGCCUCAACCUAUAACUCUGUCAUCACAUGUGGCAGCAAGUCCCAGAGAUGCGCUAAUGAAAGCAAUUCUUCAGGGUGCCUUCGAUAUAAAGGCUCGCAUAUUGAGGUCGAUGCAUGCUCUUCAGCAUCUCUUGGAAACUACGGACAUGCCGGCGGACCGAGAAAGAGAAGCACAGGAUCUUCUGGAUGGACUGAAACGUGAUAUCCAGAAAAUGCAUCAAAUUGUUGACCGGGUUCAAGGUGGUGAGCUAUCUCUUGGUGACUUGCAGUAUAUUGCAAUCCAGUUGGAGGCAAUUCGGCAAAAGGCUCAGAGAAGCGACGAAGCGCAAGCUGAAAGAACUGCACUGUCCCCUUAUAACCAAACACCUUCGUCAGGAGGAAUAAGUUUCUCUGAUGAGGGCCCGUUAUCAAGGCAGCCUGAACAGCAAGGGUAUUUGAAUGGAGGAUCCGAUCCUGCCAGUGCCACUGAUCUGGCAUCUGCUGACGGAGCCAUUCUCAGUAGUCAGGGACGUGGCGCUGUUGCUUCCACAUCCGGCAUAGCUGAACCCUUCUCUGAAAGAAAAAGCAGCGAUUUUUCAGCUCCAUCAGCCCGCACCAAUGUGUACAUUACAAUUAACAUCGACGAAACAGGCAGCGUUACCGCUGCCCGGUAACUUGAAAAACGACUUAAGGCAGUGGCGCAGCCAAAACGAACCUCUGGCCAUGGGUAGAAUUUGACAGAAAAUUUGUGACAAAU